AACUUUUUGCAGGUCAAAUCAAUUUGAUUCGACCAAAAACCAGCUUUUUUGAUACAAUUUAACACAAAAGAAAUGUGUUCCAGUUAGCUGAGCACAUUUGGAACCAAUUUUUUCUUCUGUUAAUAACUGUGCAAACGAUAAACUGCGCUUGAGGACAGCACUUUUGCUGAUACCAUUUUGUAUCAUGCAACAAAUAAUGAACAAAUAUUUGGUCCCGGUUGGUACAACAAAAAUAUUACGUCACAGCCAGAAACCAAUCCAGAAUUUUCUCUUUCUUUCCUUAAAAAGCAACCGCAAACCAAAACGCCAGGCUGCGAAAAUAAGCUUUAAAUGUUUUAUUACAAACCUGUUUUAUCUUUAUUAUAACCAAUACAUUAAGAAACUAUUACCUCAAGUCAAAUCUUUUGGAAUCUUCAGUUUUGUUUUCCAUAAUUUCUGCGAGUCAAUCUUCUCGAAGUUGAUUGAGAAAACCUCCAAGAAAGGGUAUUUGUUUUUAUUUUAUAGUCGAUUGCUCAUUCCAAGUCACAUUGCCGAGAUCUAAGGGAGAUCAAAUUUAACCACACAGGAGCCAAAGUGUCUGAAACCCUUGCUGAAUUUUCAUUUUACCAUUUUGCGACCAACUGCUUUACUUUGAACAUAAUCCCAAAACCAAAAUCCCAUUUUAUAUCAAUUCAAUUCCAAGAAUUUGCAAACUCCUGAGAAACAGUUAUAACUUCAGGGCGUCCGUGAUUAAAUAUUCACUUCCUUACAAUUAUUCCAUUCUUUUUGAAAUACAGACAGAGUUUAACUUUGUUUACCCAGACAAAUCUUGAAGUACGGUAAAUAAAUAUAUCGACCAUUGGGUUCAAUUUGAACAAAUAUUUGAACUCGAAGACUACUUCUCAAAUUUGAGUGCCGCUCGUCAAAAUGAGGAUCAGUUACGCAAUCAUCGUCGUGCUUUCAUCUUUAAUCAAAAUUUGUACCGCGGAUGCAAAUGCACGACAAACUGACAAUCAAUUAUCAACGGAAGUUCCAACUGAAGUCAUGCAAUGUAUGGACGAACAUAACGAGGUACCUCGUUACCACAUAUACAAAGCGAACAACGCCGACUUUUAUGUCCAGGCACGACUAGAAAACACUUCGGACGAAGUCUCCGUUUUAUAUCCUGGAAUUAUGAAAGUCAUCAGAACUGAUGAAGAUUCAUUGCAAGUGCCAGAAAAAACUCGAGAGCUGUUUGUUAAUUUAAGCGCAUCUGAUUGCGUGAACAAAAUGCGCACUGAUCGAGAUUACAUAAUGUUUUUAAAAAAGACUGACCAAAUGUUGGCGGAGUAUGACGUAAUUCUGGACAAAGAGACAAAGAGCCCCGUUUGGGUUUCGAUGGCCGAGCCGAUAAAGUAUAAGAGAAAAAAGAUGAGGGAAAUUACGAAAUAUUUAGACGAGAGCAAGUACUGCAAAGGUUGCCCUGAGCAACCCUACAUCAAAAAAGUUCACCAGUUAGAGCCAGUUAUGGAGACGAAACUGAAGCAUUCAGUUCUGCUUGAGUGCAAGGUGAAAGGGUUCCCACAGCCCUACAUGUACUGGAAGUUCAACGGACACCCCUUAGAAGGCCCAGCCUCGAAGUCAAUCAAAGUCACUACCAGCUGGAAAAAGAGCGUACUUGAGAUUCCAUUUGUGACGUGGCAACACCCAGGCUAUUAUUCCUGCCACGGGACUAACUUCAAAGACCCCGAAGUGAAGACGGAGCUGCACUUGAAGUUGGCCGACGUUGAAGACUGCAAUCUGGAUUACUUGGGGUUCUGCAUGAAUGGCGGCUUCUGCAUCCACCGAAUCAGAGAGAACAGGAGCGAAUGCCACUGUACGAAGUGGUACGUGGGCGAAAGGUGUGAGCACUACAACCCCUACCCCUCUGUUCUGCCAGGGGGAGACAGAGUUCUGGACGAGGGGGGUUCAUAUAUGGUACCUCUCAAAGACGUCCUCUUGAUCUGCUUCGUGAUUGUGGCACUGGCGUCGCUGUUUCUCAUUGUCGGAUGUAUCUACAUCGCUCAUAAGAACAAGAAUAACAAAGCAAUUCAGCGAAAACUCGCUCAGUCGCUCGAUUACUCAAAUAAUUUUGCACCCGGACAACUCAAAAAGGGAGCUCAAUACGCAGGCCUUGCAUCAGUUCCGAACGGCAACGAAAUUCUUCUAACGAACAGUUUCAUGAAACGUCCCAGAAAACCCAAAGGCGGCCAAGGAAUUGGUACAGAACAGGCUAUGGAAGAUUUAUUCGGAACUAAAUCGAAACGAAAAUCAAGGGGGCAGUCGUUUCUUGCCGAGCAAAAUCAACCGAUGUUGUCGCAAAGUCCGAUUCGAGAAAAUUCGAAUGAAAUGAUUUCAGUUCACAGUCCACAAGAGCAGUUAAUUCUGCCAAUUCGCAAUUCUUUUCAAUGCACUUCAUCCGCCAUGAAUGGAAAUCAUCAUGACAAUGUGGCCGAUAAUGAAGAGGAAAGGUCACGCGUUAGUGAUGAAACAGAUUGCACAGUUACAAACGAACACCGAAUCUCAAAGGACGGAAACCCUCCCAAAAUAUCUUUGGCUUCCGGUGAACCACGUGAACAAAUCGUGAAAGUUCAAAAAAAUUCAAGCCUUGAUUAUUUACAAGAAGGAAGUAGCAAAUAUGGAAACGAAAAGACUAAAGUGAUCAAUGAGCCGAAGAAAAAUUUGGCGAGUAUGAAUUUUCACGACACCUCGAUUGACGUACUAAGUGACGAUGAUAGUCCUUCGCCGAUGUCAAAUUCCGAAUUGAGUCUCUCAACAGUUCUUUAAGUCAAUUUUUGUACGUUCUAUAACUGCGAGUAGUUUGCAUGUUUUGACAAUGAUGCUGUGUGGUUGAAAAUAAAUGAUAAUCAGACAAAUAAAUUUGAAAUAAUCAUUUUUAGAAUUUAUUUUUCAAUUUA